AUGGUCAGGCCCUUGGAGCAGGCGGUGGCCGCCAUUGUGACUACCUUCCAGGAAUACGCCGUGCGUGGCGGGGACGAGCACAAGCUGUGCCAGGCGGAGCUCAAGGAGCUGCUACAGAAGGAGCUGCCUACCUGGACCCCGACAGAGUUUCGAGAGCGCGACUAUGAGAAAUUCAUGAACGUCCUGGACACCAACAAGGAUUGCCAGGUGGACUUUAUGGAGUACGUGCGCUCUCUCGCCUGCCUGUGCACCUACUGCCAUGAGUACUUCAAGAAUGCCCCCCGGGACCCCCCCUGCUCCGAGUAGCCUCUCUUCCAGAGUUCCGUCAGGGGUCUGCGGGGUCCAGCUCCAGCCUGGCCCUGAGGUGGGCUGUCCCCGACUGACCUGCCCCUCUCUACCUAGAACCUCCCAUGUGUGCCCUGGUAGAGUAACCCGAAACCCGUCUGACCCUUGAGACCAGAGAGGCGAGAGGAUGGUCCCGGAUGGGGAUGGAUGGCGGCUGGUGUGGAGCAGCCCGCUGCUGCCUCUGACGCUGUCUGAGGCCGGGGGCAGAGGCUGGGGUCUGCUCUGAGGCCGUCAAGGCGGAGCUUGUGCAAGAAGAAUGAUGGAAAGGGUCGACUUAACAUCUAA